AUGCGCGUCGCCACCUACCUCGCCACAACCCUCUCGCUCGCCGCGUUUGCCGCCGCCACCUCAUCGUCUGGCUCCGUCAGGCGAGACACGGAAUGCACCACGUGUGACGCCGUCACGGAAGUCACCACCCAGGCAUGCUCGGACGGCGACCUCGAGCAGUGUGCCACAUACCUGUGCACUACGACCGUGCUCGACGAGGCGGCCGAAUGCUACGCGUGCCAGCUGGCCGGCGGAUACAUUGACGCGUCGACGUACAACGCCAACCUGGCAAACGUCGCGCUGUACUGCGAGAACUUUGGAUACACCAUGUCCGCGCCAUACGCCACCAAGCGCACCACAUGA